AUUGACCACCAGUUGUUGCCGUAGUGUGCGCGUGUUUUGCGGCACGGAUUCAGCACUAGGUUGUCGCUUUUGGUUCUGAGACAGCACUAGCACCACCACAACAACAGUGGUUUGCACGGCAUAAUAUAUUUCAAAAAUCAUGGGAAGCAAACGUGCAUUAGUGAUUUUGGCAACGGGGGCAGAAGAGAUGGAAACUGUUAUACCGGUAGACGUCAUGCGCAGAGCUGGGAUUGUAGUCACUCUAGCUGGACUGACUGGUAAAGAGCCUGUCAAGUGCAGUCGUGAUGUGCUCCUGUGCCCAGAUGCUAGCUUGGAGGAUGCCAGGAAACAGGGCCCGUAUGACGUGGUGCUUCUGCCAGGAGGGGGGCCGGGGGCGCAGAACCUCUCUGAGUCUCCAGCUGUGAAGGAGGUGUUGAAGGAGCAGGAGGGCAGGAAGGGGCUGAUUGCCGCCAUCUGCGCAGGUCCCACCGCUCUGCUGGCCCAUGGUAUUGCCUAUGGUAGCACUGUGACCACCCACCCUGCCAUGAAGGACAAGAUGAUGAAUGGAGACCACUUCAAGUACUCGGAGGCCCGCGUGCAGAAGGAUGGCCAUCUCAUCACCAGCCGAGGACCAGGCACCAGCAUGGAGUUCGCCCUGGCCGUCGUGGAGGAGCUGAUGGGGGCAGAGGUGGCCGCCCAAGUCAAGGCACCUCUCAUCAUGAAAGACUGAGAAGGGGUAUAUCUGCCCCUGCUGCUGGCAUCAGUAGAUGCACUAGUAGACUGCACUUGGAUACAGUCUCCCACUACUACAUUGUGUCAGUGUGAUGCUGGGAGACAAACGGGGAAAUCAGACAAAAAGGGGAGACUAAAGCUUUACUGUAUGUCAGUGUUUUCCUCUGGCUGAGGUAUAGAAGCAAUAGAUUAGGCAUUGUGCUUCACACAAUCCAGACUGUUAAAAUAAAAUGUUCAAAAUCAUGAAAGAAAACUUUGACAAUUCUAGUUAAUAGAAGCACUUAAGGCGAGGGCAAAUGUCUUGGAUGUUUUUUUUUUUUUUCUGUUGCAGCUUCCUGUGAAUAGUUAUGCAGAGCAAACGGUGAUGGCAUCCCGAUAAAGUCACUGUCAACCUGUAUUUGGAUUGAUCAAUGGUUGUGAAUAAACCACACAUUGCACCUUA